UCUCGUUUCUGCCUCUUCCUGUUCCAAACCACGUGGACGCGCGGGGGGCUGCGGGGCUGCAGGGCUGCGGGAGGGAACCCCGGUCGCCACAGCUGCUGUCGCCGCCGUCACCGAGGUUGCGAUCCUGCGCCUGUCUGAAGUAGCCGCACCCCCGCCGCUUCGGCUGCCCACGCCUUGCGCGGAGUGCCCACAUGGCGACUCAGACGCACUCUCUCUGCUACGCGGGCUGCAACUUCUUACGCCAGCGUCUGGUACUGUCUACUCUGAGCGGGCGCCCAGUCAAAAUCCGAAAGAUUAGGGCCAGAGACGACAACCCCGGCCUCCGAGAUUUUGAAGCCAGCUUCAUAAGGCUGUUGGACAAAAUAACAAAUGGUUCUCGAAUUGAAAUAAACCAAACAGGAACAACCCUGUACUAUCAGCCUGGCCUCCUGUACGGUGGAUCCCUGGAACACGACUGCAGUGUCCUUCGCAGCAUUGGCUAUUACCUCGAGAGUCUUCUUUGCCUGGCUCCGUUUAUGAAGAGCCCGUUAAGAAUAGUUCUGCGAGGAGUGACCAAUGACCAGGUGGACCCUUCGGUCGAUGUUCUUCGGGCAACAGCCCUCCCUCUUCUGAAACAGUUUGGAAUUGAUGGUGAAUCACUUGAGCUAAAGAUUGUGCGACGGGGAAUGCCUCCUGGAGGAGGAGGUGAAGUGAUUUUCUCAUGUCCUGUAAGGAAGGUCCUGAGGCCCAUUCAGCUCACAGAUCCAGGAAAAAUCAAACGGAUCAGAGGAAUAGCGUACUCAGUACGUGUAUCGCCUCAGAUGGCGAACCGGAUUGUGGAUUCUGCGAGGAGCAUCCUCAACAAGUUUAUCCCCGAUAUCUACAUUUACACAGACCACGUGAAGGGACUCAACUCUGGGAAGUCUCCAGGCUUCGGGCUGUCACUGGUUGCUGAGACCACCAAUGGCACCUUCCUCAGUGCUGAACUGGCCUCCAACCCCCAGGGCCAGGGAGCAGCGGUGCUUCCCGAGGACCUGGGCAGGAACUGUGCCAAGCUGCUGCUUGAAGAAAUCUAUAGGGGUGGAUGUGUGGACUCGACCAACCAGACCCUGGCUCUUUUGUUUAUGACCCUUGGACAACAGGAUGUUUCCAAAGUGCUGCUCGGACCGCUCUCUCCCUACACAUUGGUUCCCAGGGCAUUUUCCCUCUCAUCUCAACUCUGUCUUCACUGGGUAAUGAAAUUGAAGAACAGAGGAAGUUGGCCCAGGUGGCACAGCCAGGACGGGGCCAAUUUCAGAGCAGAUCCUGGUCCUAGAACCAGUAAGCAGUACGUCCUACAACUCACCCUGGUUGUGGCUGCACCAAGAGAUCUCCAGACUCUGAAAUUAAGCCUGCCUGGCCCAAUGUAAUCACAACCUACUGAAGACUCUGCAGAGGAUGAAGAAAAACUCAGAAAGGUCAAGACCAACUCAAGAUGUCGUCUAUACAUACAGAGGCCUGUUAACGACUCCGCUAAAACUGGAGCCCAGAUCCCAGAAGUUCCAUUCCAGUUUUUUCUACGAGACCAUGUCUGCACCAGACACAUAGGCUUUCCUGGAUUCCUACAUCUCAUCCAGUAAUAAUCUCAGUGAUUUAACCCAAUAAUCCUAAUACUUGGCCCUGGCUGGGUAGCUCAGUUGGUUAGUUAGAGCAUCAUCCUGAUAUCCAAGAGGUUUGAUCCUUGGUCACAGCACAUGCAAGAAUUGACUAAUGAGUACAUAAAUAAGUGGAACAAUAAAUUAAUGUUUCUUUCUUUCCCUUCCACUCCGUAAAAUCAAUGAAUUUUUUAAAAAUCCCAAUAUUUAGUAGAUACUUAAUUUAUUGAGCAUCUACUGUACACAAGUGCUUUAUGUUUUAAACUGUAGGAUCUCAUGUGAGCCUCACAGUCACCCCCUGAACUAGGUGCUGUCAUUGUCCAUUUGGUCUGGGGUGGGUCUCUGUCUUUGGGCUUAGUGCAGGAAACAGAUACGACCCAGGUAUUUAGUUUUGGGCAGUUAUAAAGCAGGAAGGGAUUUAGAACAAGGAAUGAGGUGCUUACAAAAUCGUUGGAAGGGCUGGAGGAGAGGAAGCCACUGGGCCUUUGGUGUCAAGGUCCUUCCCCCACAGCUGAGAUCUGGAGAUUUGCUGACUGUCAUUCUGUCAGUGUUGCCCCUGCCACCACCCAGCCGAUGGUGGAGCACGGAGUCUAGCCCCUGCCAGCAGUCCCACUGGGCAGAGCCCAUGGAAAGAUGGUAAAGGGGAGUUGCCUUCUUUCCACCUCUGAAACUCAUGAACACACCUAACUGGCAGAACCAAUUCACAUCCAGCAACUUCCCAAUUUCUCCAGGUAGGACAUGAAGUCGAGUUUGAGUGAGCCAACCGAAGCAUCCAGCCCAACCAAAACUGCAUGUUUCCUGCAGUGUCUUUAUUCAUUAAUGAAGUAUACUUUUCAUAUAAAAAUGCUCACAUUUUAAGUGUAUGGUUUGAUGUUUUGACAAAUGCAUGUACUCACGUAACCUACACCUGCAUCAAGACACAGAGCACCUCCACAUUGCCGGUGGGUCUCCUCAUGCCUCUCUGUAGGCUAUCCUUCCCCCUCCCACUCAGUGUUCCACUGCUCUGAUUCCAUCCAUUUGUUUGGCCUGAUAAUCACAAAUCAGUAUUGCCUCUUCUAGGACUUCAAAUAAAUAGAACAAUACAAUAUGUAUUCUAUGUCUGGCUUCUUUUGCUCAAAAUAGUAUCUGAGAGAAUCAACCAUACUAAGUGUAUCAGUAGCUCUGUCCUUUGAAAAGUGCUCCAUUGCAUGGAUGCAUUGUAUCCUUUUACCAGUGAUCGGAUGUUGACACUUUCCAGUUUGUGGCUCUUAUGAAAACAGCUGCUUAACUCUAUUUUUUUAAACAAACACUCCUGUGAAUUCUGAUGCAAGUGGAACACAUUUCGAACAAUACUGUUCUAAUGCAGGAAACUGGAUUACGAAAGGUUAAGCAAAUUGUCUGAGGCCACAUAGCCAAGAAGGCAGAUGGCAGAAGGGUAUUCAUGAGCCCAUGUUCUUCCUUCUUGCAGAGCAGGCUUACACAUAGCAGCUUGAAGAGUUGACAAAAGAGCUCCAGCACUAAAACAGAGCUCUUGCAUGACAAUCAGAGAAGGGCCUGAAAAUAAGGCAUAUAUUGCAGUUACCGAUUGCCUCAUAGCAAAAAACUUUGGCUUAAACAAUUGCUUCUUAUGAAGCUGUGGCAGGGCUGGGCGGUUCUUCUGAGGCUCUUGCCUGGGCUCUCAUGUGGCUGCAUUCAGCGGGCAGAUCCUCUGGAUGCUGGACUCCCCUGGGGUGGCCAGCACAGCUGGGCUUCUUCUCCUUGAUCUUUCCUCCUCAAGGAGCAGGGGCCAGGCUUCUCUGCCUGGCAGUGGCAGGGUUCCAACAGAGGAAAACUGCAAAGUGUGUGCACUUAUUAAUCCUCUGCUUACGUUGUGUUUACUGAUGUCCACAGGCCAAACACACAUCACAAGGCCAGGUUCAGAUUCAAGGUGGAUGGGAGCUAUCUUCAGGAAAUGGUGUGAGUCAUUAAGUCUGUGAUUCAUUUGUGACCAUUAAUGUAACAAUCUACCCGAGCCUGGAAGUUCAUGUUACAGAGGCAACCAGGAGCUAGAGAGAGCAGAGCUAGAGAGAGCCAGGGAGUUAAUAAUAGAGAAUUAAAAGAAAAUUUCAAUGGAGCCCGAAAAGGUCAAAAGAAAUGCCCUUUGAAGGAUGGUCCCACAUUCCUCCUGGUCUUCUUUGUGGCCCUCAUAGCACUCAAGGCAGAGUUUUACGGAUGAUAAUAUUUUCUAAACAGAAUCAAAGCGUCAGUGAUAAUGCUGGGAUUAUGACCUGGAAGAGGGAUGGCUAAAUGAUAACACAGAAGCCAGACUUCUAAGUGUGGAAGGAGAAGUACUAAGAGGAGAAGCAAUUAAAACUGUGAAACCAAGAGAAACCUCAUGGAGAACAUAACACAUGCUUGUUCCAUAAACAAAUUGGAUGUCUGCUCUUUCAACCAGUGUUUGCUCUUUGCUGGACCGGAACUGUAUUUUGCAAACUGUGGGUCACCAUAGCAUGUGGAAUACUCAGGUGAGCAGUUAGAGGUGGUUGAGAGAGGUGUGGAAGUGGGUGAGCCCACGACAGUUUUCCUGAUUUCAUGUUCUUCCCACAGCCUAUAGGGUGAUUUCCAACUCACUGCCUGCCCCAAUGGAGGAUAGCAAAUAUGAACGCUGUAAUUAUACUCUUCUUGUCCUUAUCAUUUUAGUGCAAGACAGAAUAUCCAUCUGCCAGCAUCUUCUGUUCUACCUGGGGGCCUUCUGUGGCCAUGCUCAUGUAGAGCGAGCAGCCCUUAACCAAAGACUGACAGGUGUUGGUACAGAGUAUUAAAACCAAACCAGUUAUUUACUAUCAACCUAGAGGCAAAGAAUGCCCAUCAUCCCAAUGAUGAAAAGUUUGGACAAAAAUACAAAAGACUACAGUCUUGUUAAUAUCCUUCUACUCAGAGACAUUCAGUGAAGAUUAAGGACCAAGACCUUCCUUGCAUUUCUGCAGCUGCCUCCUGCUCGAUUUGGUGACUCCAAUCUUGCUUCCCUUCAGCCGGCUUACUGCGUUUCACAGAGACUUUGAAAUGCAAACAUGAUCCUUGAGCUUUGUGAAGGCAGAGAUGAAGUCUCUGAGUCUCCAUUGUACAAUCAUUGUUUCAGCACCUAGCGUUGUCUGCACACAGUAGGCACCCAGUAAAUACUUACUGACUGCAUAGUAUCAGAAACCUCAUGAACAUUUAUAUUGCCAAAGAUUUCUCUCGAAAGGAGGCCUUUGGAACUUGGAAUGCAUUUGGCCAUCACAAUGAUAGGUGAUUUUUAGCGCGUCAGACUAGCUCGGAAACACCAAGUUUAUCCAUGAUGUAGCCUAACUGUAGUCCCAAUUUUCCUGGUUCCCUUUGUGCAAGAGAGCACAAGAUGAAGGGGAGAGGAGGAAAAAACGGAAGGAUAGGCCUUAGGAGCCAUUUGAAAUUGGGUCAUUUCUUAUUAACGAAGACAUUUUUCACACUUUGUACUUCUUGGUCACUGAGUGCCUCAUCUGGCACCUUCCCUCUUACCUUCCUCACGCUGCCAGUCACACUCCUGUCCCCUGAGUGCAAAUGCUUUCAGACGUGAAGAGGAAAGCAGCCUCGCUGAGCAAACUCACACCCCAGAUGUGUGUUUAAUAGCUCUUCAGUCUUCCUAGAGAGAUUUCUAAUUUUUAAAAAUCAACAUACAUUAAAUGAAUCUUUAAUUAGUAGAAUUCGCUAUAGCAAGAUGAAAUGAAGAAACCAUAUAUAAUGCAAGAUCGUUUGGAGCAGGUACCCUCAUCAACUCUUCAGCUUUUGUCCCCAGAUUCUCCCCCUACAACUAAUCAUCUGGAAUAUUCUGAAUUUUUAUGAUUUUAUGUUCUUAUUUAUUUAGUUAAUUUUUAUUGAAUUUAUUGGAGUGACAUUGGUUAAUAAAAUUGCGUAGGUUUCAGGUGUACAAUUCUACAACACAUCAUCUGUAUAUUGUAUUGUGUGUUCACCACCCAAGUCAAGUCUCCUUUUAUUAUCGUUUAUCCCCCUUUACCCCUCCCCCACCCCACAUCCCUUUCCCUUUAGUAAUCUCCAUACUGUUGUCUAUAAGGUUUUUCUUUUCAUUUUUUGUUUAUUCCCUUUACCUUGUUGCCCCAGCCCCCCAGCUCUCUCCUCUCUCACAGCUGUCAGUCAUCAGUUCUCUUUAUCUAUGAAUCUGUUUUUAUUUUGUUUCCUUGUUUUGUUUAUUAGAUUCCACAUAUAUGUGAAAACAUAUGGUAUUUGUCUUUCUCUGACUGGAUUAUUUCACUUAGCAUAAUACUCCCUGGGUCCAUCCAUGCUACAGCAAAAGUUGAGAGUUCCUUUUUUAUGGCUGAGUAGUAUUCCAUUGUGCAAAUGUGCCACAGCUGUUUUAUCCACUUAUCCACUGAUAGGCACUUGGGAUGCUUCUAAACCUUGGCUAUUGUGAAUAAUGCUGAAUAUAACUUCAGGUUCUUAAAGAUCCCUCUCUGCCCCUUUCUCCCCAUAGGACUAGUUGACAAGGGGACUAUUGAAUGAGCACUGCUGUGGGUGGGAAGAUCUACAGAGUGCGCCUUUUCUCUUUGCCUUGGCUGAUUUGCCCCAGUCUUGGUGGCUUUGUCCCAGCAAUGUGCACCUUUGACCUUGCUCUGCCUGUGGGAACACUGGGAGGAAGCUCAACGUCAAACUGUGGUCCAUGUGCCAACAGCAAGAAUCAGAACAAUUGGAGGGAAUUUCUAACUGGAUAGUCUGGGGAUUUCCACCCUAAUAUUUGUAUUCUCUUUAAUUCAGUGUCAUUCAAAUUCAUUUAAAUUCUGCCACCACAAAGGACUCUGUGACCAGGGGAUUUCUGCUUUUGCAGUGGUAGCAAAAAAAUAGGAUUAGAAAGUAUUAAAGUGAUCCUUUCCCAAGGUCACACAGUUAUUUAGAAGAGGGUAUACCUACUAGCUCUUAAUUCUAUUCUUUUUUAAUUAAAAAGUAGACAUUUAUAUUACUUAAACUAUAAAGUUCACCUUAAUAAGCUUGAAGACUAGCUGUUCCCUCUUGAGUCAGAGAAAAAUAAUGAAUUUAUAUUUGCGGCAUUUCCCCAUUGGCCAGAGAGCAUUUCUCAAAGUAUGUUAUUCCAUUGAACACCAGUUAUUUUUAGAAGGAUUUCAAACACAAGAGUCUGCUCUCUGCCAUCUUGGAGACUUAUGGUGUACAUUAUCAUGUUAAAAGUUCUAAGAAGUCCUGCAACAAUAAAAUCAAAGUUUGUUGAACUCAGCAAUUCCCAAUCUUACUUGGUUAAGAAAUGACUCCCUCUCUUUUUCCUUCUCUCCCUCCCAUCCUCCUUCCUUGCUUCUUUCCUUCCUUUUCAUGAAACACCAAUACCAAGUAAAACACUUUGAGAAGUAUUGGAUUAAGGUAAAGAGAAUUGACAGUUACGCUACAGUAGGUCAAUAAUUUUCCUCUGAGAUCAAGAACUCAACACUUUGGUUGUGUUCUAUACUGCCCACAGAAUUCCCAGAUGAUACCAUGAGAGUAUUUAGUUAAUGUGUGCUUUGACUGAACUUAGGUUAUUUCUAUGAUGUCCUCUCACUGCAUAAAGGAUGCUUUGGUAUGUGGGAAUUAGACGUACAGGUCUCAGUUGAACAUGAGGGAGACCUUGACAUUUAUGGGGAUGGAUAUGUUUUUGUGGCUUUAUAGUAAGUUUUGAAAUUCUCCCAAGUUUGUUUUGCAUUUUUUCUUUUUAGAUUAUCUUGGCUAUUCCAGAAUUUUUUAUUUGCAUAUACAUUUUAAAGUUAGAUUAAGAUUUUGAUUGUGAUUGCAUCGAAUCUUAACCGAUUUGGGGAGGACAAAUGUCUUAACAAUACUCAGUUUUUCAAUGCAUGAACUCGGUUGUGAUAUUGUGAUGUAGCAAGAAGUACAUAUUUGGUCUUCAUUCCUGGUUUUUGCCACAAAAACUUCUCCAGAGUGCUAGGAGUACCUUUUUUGUAUGCUAAUGAGAUGACUGGUGACUUGGGGCCCCUAGAGAGCUUCAGAGGGGUUGGUUCCCAGAAAGACCAAGGCAUGACUAGAGGGUUGAGACUCUUGGCUUUCCCCCACCCCUGAACUCCUAGAAGGAGAGAAGGACUGGAGAUCACCAAUGGCCAAUGAUUUAAUCAAUCAUGCCUACUUAACGAAGCCUCCAUUAAAACCCCUAAACUAGGAGGUUCAGAGAGCCUCCAGGUUGCUGAACACAUCCACCUGCUAGGAGAGUGGUGCGCCCUAGCUCCCUGGGAUCAGAAACUCCUAUGCUGAAACCCUUCUGGACCUUGGCUUUUGUACUCCUUCAUUUGGCUGUGCAUUUGUAUUCUUUAUAAGAUCCUUUAUAAUAAAUAAGUAAUUGUAAGUAGAGUGCUUUCUUGAGUACUGUGAGCUGUUGUAGCAAAUAAUUGAACCUGAGGAGCAGUGUGUGGCAACCAUUCAUUGAUUUAUUUAUUACAGGUUGGUCAGAAGUAUGGGAGGUCUGGGACUUUCGAUUGGUGUCUGAAGUCAGGGCAGGCUGAGCCACUAAGCGGUGGAGUCGGGUACUAACUCAGGGCAUUUACUGUCAGGAUUGAAUCAGAUAAUUCAGUGGGAAUUGGAUACCCAGUUGGUGUCCACAGACUUGGAGAGUUGGUUGUUGGUGUAGAAAAACCCACACAGUGGUACAUCUCUUCAUGUAUUUGCUCUUUUAAUAUUUAUUUGACUGGCGGUUUUAAGUGUAGAAAUCUUGGAUAUUUUUCAUUAAAUGUAUCAUUUGAUAUUUAAUACUGCAACUUUCCUCCCUUCCCAUUUCCUGGAAUUCCCCUUCCCCCUACUCUUUUCACUUUUUC